AUGUCGGACCAUCACUCCUCUCCCAAUUAUUCCCGCCCACUGUUCCCCGCACACAAUGAGCCACGAGUCUGGUUGAUCACGGCUGGGGACUCACCCACGGGGAUCUCGGUCGCACGCCAGGUUCUCGCGCAUGGGGACUAUGUGUAUCUCGGGUUAGCGCACUUUAGCCUCGAGCGAGAUGAGUGUCGCCGGGAAGGGUUCGAAGCCUUUCAAGCGGAAAUUGAGAGUCACCGGGAUGAGGGAUGGCCGGACCGGACCAAGACGGCUCCUUUGGAUAUAAGGAUGAUGGGAGAAUGCCAGGCUGUGGUUGCGGACGCCGUUGCAACCUUUGGGAGAAUAGAUAUCCUUCUUUGCUGCACAAGUCAAGCUCUCAUCGGAACGGUGGAAGAACUUGCGGCUUCUCGACAGACACUGAAUCUGGUCCGGGACCAGUUCGAGACCAAUUACUUCGGGCCUCUCAACAUAAUCAAGGCCACACUACCUCAUAUGCGGGGGCUAAGAUCAGGGCAUAUAAUGAUUCUGUCCGGGAUCACUGCCCAUAUCGGGACUCCCGGCCUAGGGAUGUACUGCGCCGCAGGCUGGGCGCUGGAAGGAUUCUGCGACAGCCUAGCCUACGAAAUCGCCCCCUUCAACCUCAAACUCACCAUCUUUCAAUGCAGCAUCGAGAUCGGCAUCCUCACCAACCUAGUAACCAGCGUCCCGCCCAUGUCACACAUCUACUCGCCCUCCGCUACCCAAGCGCCCCUAUUCCGCGGCAUCCUCAACCGCCUCGUUCCCCGAUUACCAAACAACCAAUACGGCGCCGACAAUGCCCACCAGAAUCCAGACCACAUGUCCACCGAAGAUGGCCAAGACGGCCCGUUCUCGACUGACAACGUCCUCUCGAUGUAUCCGCCGCUCAGCUCCGCGCAUAUGGAAGUUCUGGUUGCUGAGACUGUCUAUGCGAUUACCGCUAUCGGGGGACAUGAGAAUCCUCCCUCGCGUCAUAUUGUUGGGCAGGAGGGCGUGGCGAGCGUGAAGGAGAAGUUGAAGACCGUUAGUGAGGAGUUGGAGGAUUUUAUAGAGUCUAGUUUUGCGGUGGAUUAUUCUCUUGAUGGGGAUGGGAGCAGGCCGUCUAAGGAGGAUAGUGUAGGGAUGCGAGUUGAUAAUGCUUGA